AAAGCUGGCGCUACAUUGAUACCGGUACUGAAAAAAUAUUGGGAGCAUUACACGUAAUAUUAAAAGAAUAUGUUACAAUUUUUUUCGUUGAAUUAAAAGCAUAUUUUGGAGUCAAGUCAUGCUUUGAUGAGUUUGAAUGGCGAGAAAUUCACAGACGUAUCUGUAGCUGUUGAAUAAUCCAAAAGAUUGUAUAACAGGAACGCCAAAUCAUUCACUAUUCAGCUGAUUAGCAAGCAUCAUCAUGCAUCAGCAAAGGUCUGCGAAUCCAGAGGAAGGUCCUUUGGUAGAACGAAGUUGGGAAUCUGGCUAUUCUUCCUCUUCCUAUGAUAAGUAUGUACAGGAACAGUCAGGAAACAAGAAAUCUGUUGCUAACAGGAUGCAGCAGCAAUAUUGGGUUACCAAACAGAGUAUGAUCAAGAAACUUGGAAGGAAAGAAGAUGAACAUGUGAUAGCUGGUGACUCGGAGCUUGAUGCUAAAUUAGAGGUUUUCAAGUCAAUUCAGAACACAUGUAUGGAGAUGCUGAGAAUAAUAGAGAAAUAUCAAGAUAAUUUGUGUGCUCUAUCUCAGGAGGAAGGUGGAAUGGGUCGUUUCUUGAAGCAGUGCAGCAGUGUAGAUAAGACAAGAGCUGGUAAAAUGAUGGCUGCAGUGGGUAAAGCACAGACAAGUUCAUCAGAACAAAGAUUGGCAUUGCGUCCUCCUCUUGCAAGGCUAUAUCAGGAAAUUGAGACGUUCCGUUACCGUGCUAUCUCAGACACAUUGAUGACAAUCAAUCGAAUGGAAGGAGCUAGGUUAGAAUACAGAGCUGCUCUGCUGUGGAUGAAGGAUAUCUCAAAAGAACUUGAUCCAGAUACUUAUAAACAGUUGGAGAAAUUCAGAAAGGUUCAGGCUCAGGUGCGUUCCACCAAGGCACGUUUUGAGAAGCUCAAGAAUGACGUCUGUCAGAAAGUAGAUCUCCUCGGAGCUAGUCGAUGUAAUCUCUUCUCUCACACGCUGGCUUCGUAUCAGAACACGCUGCUUCAUUUCUGGGAGAAGACUUCAAGAACCAUGGCUGCUGUCCAAGAAGGAUUCAGAGGAUAUCAACAUUAUGAAUUCAAUAUGCUCAAGGAGCUCUCAGAGACAAGUAAACAGCUAGCAGAGUUGACCGGAGCUAAAGACGUAGCCCCUGAUUUGGAUGGUCUAGACCAGAGAGCUGAACACCGGUUGCAAACAAACGAUUUGACACAGACCAGUAAACAGCUGGCUGAAGAGACUAACCCUAAGAAAGCUAGUCGGACAGAUGUUGAUGAAGCACAAGAAGUAAAAGAGACUCUUGAACAAGUCGCUCGACAAAGGUUGAUAUCCCUUGGUGAAGAUACUGAAAGGCACAAAGACCAAGGAGGAUCCCUAGAUGCUAAGAACAAUGGUGUACAUGAUCCUUCUAGACAAGGAGCUAAUAAUCUUCUUGGAGAGGAGAUAGAUCCAUCAGAGAAAGAGAGGACAGCUUUCAUGAAUCUUAUGGGUGGGCAAGAAGGAGCAGAUAAAGAAGAAUUUGGUGCCUACACAUCAGCCGACCUGUUAUCGGGAGACUUACCGAACCAAGAUGAUAUGAAGGAUGAGAUGGACUUAUUAAAUGAGAUCCUGAAUACGCCUUCUGGUGUUCCAUCAGAGCUACCGACACCCGUAGAGGGCGCCAAACCAGGGGAGAUUGGUGGAGGAGGGAAUCAAUCAUCUGAUCAGGGGAUGGGUGGAUUCAUGCCAUCUGAUCUACUAGAGAUUACAUCUAUGAUGAGUGAACUGCCUACAGGCUCCCCUGCUACCACACCCCAAGGUGGGAGGGAAGGGGGCAUGCCAGCCCCACCCCAAUACUCAGACCUAUUUGCUGAUCGAAUGGCAGCCCAGCAGACCCCACCACAGUCCAACAAAACAGAUUCAAGUAAACCUCAAGCCUUCAAGAAGGGACAGAAGACGGACAUGUCUGCUUGGUUUAAUCUCUUUGCUGAUCUUGAUCCCCUUGCUAAUCCUGAUGACAUUGGACAUGAGGAGGGCAAGGAGGUUGAAGAUAGGAAUUGCUAGCAUGUUAUCAUUGGAUUUAGUGACUUCAUAGCAACCAAUGUAAACAUACAACCAUCAUGUAUAUUUGCUCAACGAUGGCAAGUGACAAAAGUUCCUGCAAAGAAAAGUAUGGGUCUGUCAUUCAAUUCUGUGUAGCCUUGCCUGACAUAUCUCUAAACGGUGUGAGUGUUCAUGCAUGAAAUCUGGCCCAAAAGAAGGGAAAUCUGGGUGAAAUAUGAAAAUUCACAAAAUAUUUGUAGAUAUAUCACUUUUAUCCCUCCUGUCAUUGUAGGGCAGCAUAGUUCUGCAUUUGUAUUUGUUAAAUCACUGUGUAUUGUUGAUGGUGCAGGGCCAUUUAUCUCAGAUAGUAUUUGAUAUAAACCAGUUCACAAUGGAUUUGAUGUAAAGAUGUACCAUUGGUAUGGCAAACAAGAUACAUAUAAUUGUGGAAUAAAAUCAAGAUACAUGCAUGUAUUAAAUAUCCAAAUGUCUUUAUACAUUCACUGACCCCCAUGCUGUACAAUAUAGAUUGUAUUUUUCAUACGAUGUUUGUCAUCUUUUUACAUUGAUUUCUAUGAAGUCAUGAUGAAGAUCCCCUUGUAUAUUUGUUAUUAGAUAGGAGAUAAUGAAAAAAACAAAUUAUUACUAGAACUGACUGCAUUCCAUUAUUGUAAAAAUGUGCAUUUUCCAAAUUGUGUAGAUGGAUGGGGUAAUAUAUCUAGCAUUGGUAGAAUUUCUUGUAUGAGAUGAUGUAUUUAUGUGAAAUUAGCCUUUGUAAAGAUGAAUGAUCAAAGUU